AAUAUAACUUUUGCGAGGAUGUUACGUCGAUGUGUGCGGUCGUAAACAGUCCGACCAGCAGCACCACCGCCCCUAACAACGAAAGUUAGCUCAACAAUGAAGCUGGAGAUUAUUAACCCGCUCUUUAACUAAGACAUGGACGAGCUGACGACUCCUGUACGACAGCAACAUAAAUUCAGUGUUGACAGACUUUUACGGUAUCUGUCUGUCAAGUCACUGGUGUCGAAUAACGACACGCUAACUGUCAGACAGUACAGUGCUGGUCAGUCAAACCCAACCUUCCUAAUCCAAACACCCUCAAACAGCUAUGUUCUCAGGAAGAAACCCCCAGGUGAGCUGCUGCCAGGGGCGCACAAGGUGGACAGGGAGUAUCGGGUGCAGAAGGCCCUGUUCUCUGCUGGCUUCCCUGUACCUCAGCCUCUCUUGCACUGCACUGACACUGAUGUCAUUGGAACAGAGUUUUACUUGAUGGAGCAUGUGAGGGGGCGUAUAUUCAGGGAUCUUCGUCUCCCUGGAGUGAGUGCCGCAGAGAGAGCAGCUCUGUAUGUGGCCUCAGUGGAACUGUUGGCAAAGCUUCACUCACUGGACCUCGCAUCACUGAACCUUGAAGGGUAUGGAAAAGGACCAGGCUACUGCAAGAGACAAGUGUCCACCUGGACGAAGCAGUACACCGCAGCCGCCCACAGAGACAUUCCAGCCAUGAAUGAACUGUCUGAUUGGCUGAUGAAGAAUGUACCAGCCGCUGAUAACGAGGUCACGCUUGUCCACGGAGAUUUCCGGUUGGACAACUUGAUAUUCCAUCCAACAGAGGCACGUGUGAUAGCAUUGCUGGACUGGGAGCUGUCUACCACUGGGCAGCCCUUGGCAGACUUUGCCUACUUCCUGAUGCCCCACUACUGGCCUUCAAACGUCAACAUCAUCAGCACAAUGGGCAGCUUGAAAGGAAUCAAAGGGGUCCCAUCUGUGGAUGACCUGAUCUCCAUUUACUGCCGAUGCCGAGGGAUCCCAUCUGCUUUGCCACAGUUGAAUUUCUACCUGGCACUGUCUGUCUUUAAAAUGGCAGGAAUUGCCCAGGGGAUCUAUGCACGCCACCUGCUGGGUAAUGCCAGUGCUCCCAACGCAGCAGAGUUCAGCCAGUGUGUGGAGCCAUUGGCUAAGAUUGCCUUGCUGCUUGCACAAAGGUCCACCACAGGUCCUACAGACGAAGGUCUCUUCCUGCAGACAGCUAAAGGUCAGGCUGUUCUGCAGCAGGUCAAAGACUUCAUGAGACAGAAAGUGCUUCCUGCUCAGAAGGAAGUAGAAGAGUACUACUCCAAACAUGCUCAGUCUCCACAGAGGUGGCACACCCCCCAAAUAGUAGAAGAUCUCAAGGUGAAAGCCAGGGAGGCAGGCCUGUGGAACCUGUUCCUGCCUGCAGUCAGUGGUCUCAGUCAGUUGGACUAUGCCUACAUCGCAGAGGAAACUGGACGCUGCCUCUUUGCCCCUGAAGUCUUCAACUGCCAGGCUCCUGACACAGGAAAUAUGGAGGUGCUCCACAUGUUUGGCAGCAAGGAGCAGAAGAAGAAAUGGCUGGAGCCUCUGCUGAGAGGAGAGAUCCGCUCCUGCUUCUGCAUGACAGAGCCUGAUGUUGCCUCCAGCGAUGCGACCAACAUGGAGUGCACUCUUCACAGGGACGAAGACAACUACGUCAUACACGGCAAGAAAUGGUGGAGCAGUGGUGCCGGCAAUCCCCAGUGCAAAGUGGCUAUUGUGAUGUGCAGGAGCGGAUCUCCGGACGUCAGCAGCAGGCAUGGCCAGCACAGCAUGAUCCUCGUCCCCAUGGACACACCAGGUGUAAAGCUCGUCAGGCCGCUCACUGUGUUUGGACAGGAUGAUGCUAUCCAUGGUGGCCACUUUGAGGUGCACUUUGAAAAUGUGCGUGUCCCUGCCUCCAGCAUUAUUCUGGGAGAGGGACGGGGCUUUGAGAUCGCCCAGGGUCGUCUGGGGCCUGGCAGACUGCACCACUGUAUGAGAGCUGUCGGCAUGGCGGAGUUGGCGCUGGAGCUGCUCUGCCAGCGGGCUGCCUCCAGGCGCACAUUUGGGAAGAAAUUGUACCAACAUGAAGUUGUAGCUCACUGGAUCGCAGAGUGUCGUCUCCUGAUAGAACAGACCCGCCUGCUGACUCUACAGGCUGCUCAUGCACUGGAUACAGUGGGCAGCCGGGCUGCUCGCAAACAGAUUGCUAUGAUCAAGGUGGCCGCAGCCCGGAUGGCCUGUAAGGUGGUGGACUGUGCCAUACAGGUACACGGAGGUGCAGGUUUGUCUGGAGACGUCCCACUGGCACAGAUGUAUACAUAUGCGCGGACUCUCCGCAUCGCUGAUGGGCCUGAUGAGGUGCACCUCUCCUCCAUCGCUCAUCUAGAACUAAGGGAUCAACUAAAGAAAGCCCAGGCCAAACUGUAAAGGACAUCAGGUGGCCACAACAGCAUCAUUAACUUUGAAUUUGCCAUCACAAAAGCAUAAUAAGCUUUUUGUGUAACUAAGUAAUUUUGCUACCAAACCACACUAAGUGUAAAUAACUGAUUUGUAAUUGUACAUAUGUUACAGCAACCUGCUUUGCUUGAAAUCAUUCCAUUAAAAGUUUGAUUUAAAAAUGA